GUUUGUCGAAAGAAUAGACCAGAAAACGUGUCACGGCACGCUGUUCGAGGUGAGUGUAUCAAAUGUCUGUCACUAACUCCCGCCAGCUGCCUUCCUCUCCUGCUGCGUUUCCCGUGACCGGGCCAAGUGCAGCACCCAAUGCUAUCUAUUUCGAUGCAACCGUGCGAUCGAUCGAACAGUUCGUUGAGCAAGAUGUGGACAUGGAGGGACCCGCGUCCCAACCAGAGAUGUUUCUCGUUCUGGAUACGAACGUGCUGCUUCACAACUUCGAUGUGAUAAGGCAAUUCACUGCGGAUAUUGAGAAGAUCGAUGCUCCUCUGUUGAUCAUCAUACCGAGCGCCGUGCUCUCGGAAUUAGACGCCCAGAAAAACUCACAGAAGUUGGCCUGGUUCGCUCGCCGAGCCUCGACGUGGAUACUUGAAAGAUUGAAGGAACGCAAGUGCGUGAAGGGACAGACGCGCGAUGAACAAUAUGAUCCUGCACGCCCUAAUAACGACCCCAAGAGGCGCAAUGACUUCUCCAUCUUGGACUGCUGUUUAUAUUUCCGGAUUAGACGCGGCAUUCCCGGUUACCUAGCCAGUGGAGACAAGAAUCUCUGCUCUGAGGCCUUGAUACAAGACAUACCCAUAGUGCAGCCAUCCAAUGACUGGUGCUCUAGGGACAUGGCAACUCAGAUGUUCCCUCUAUAUCCGAAUCUCUCUCAUUUCUCAGGCUACAGAGCGCCUUAUCGCCCGGACUCUGAGCUCAAGCGUACAAAGGGGCGGGUUGACGAAGAUGGCAUGGCUAUGGAUGUAGACGACAUCAACAACUACUUGCCGCCGUCUCAUGCGCUAGAUUCAUUGCAUUUUCAAGUUAUCGAGCAUUUCGGCACCUUACUCCGUCAACUCGUGCGCCGCGUCGGUGACCCAAAUGAUCUGCUGGGCCCCGUAGGCUCUACCUCGAGGUCAAGAUACGCCCCUGCCUGGUCACAAGAGCACUUCCUGAACUGGAGCGCGUCUACCUGCCUAGAGUACCUGCUGUCGAAGAAACCACUGCGCGGGCCGACGUCGAAUCCGCAGGUGCAGAUCUUCUUCAUGCCGCCUUACAGCGGACGCGGAUCGCGGCGAGGCCAAGACUGGUCAAGGCGGGACUGGGAGGUGGCGCUCACGGACCUUGGCAAGAUCGCUGCGUUGUGGACGGACGGAGCGCUGGUGGAAUCCUUGGCGGUGCUUCAACCGCACAUCGAGUACAUCUUCAGCAUGCCGAUGAAGCCGACUGGGUCGUAAGCUGUAAGAGGGGGCACAGGCCUCCGUGGAUUGCUGUGUCUUGAGACGGGGAGCUUCCCGAUUGCGCGGCAAGGGUGAAGGUGCUACAUAAUUUCUUGCUUGGUGUGAUAAACGUUGACUACUGCGCAACGGAGUAACUUGUGAGGGCGCAGCCCUAUAACGACGGCAAA